AUUUUCAGCCAUCCCGCGCACGAUAGGACUCUGCGGGUACCAAAGGCAGCUAGGCCUCAUUUCGUCAUUCCAAGAGCCAGAGGGUGAGAUGGGCGGUCAGGUACGCUACGGUUAACCCAGCCACGGGGCCUCCCAGCUGCCAGGAAAACAUCUCGGGAAAAAGAUUACCCCAUAGAUUACCCCAUCGCUUGCCCCGUCGCAAGCAAAAAACUCUCAGAGGGGUGUCCAAAUCCCCAAUAACUUGGUUCCUGCUGUUACAAAGGGCCUCACCGAUGACAAUCGUUGGGCACGAUAGACGAUAUAUUCCCGAUAUUUUCCGAACUUGGGCCGGCCCAAGUUUACCGGCUUCGAAAGCGAGUUACCUCUCUGGAUGAGCCCGUUGUUCAUCAAAGUGCACGAAAAUGCAUGCGCCCUGAUGAUUUAAAUUUCCAAGGAUUCAAAGGCGGAAUAAAUGAAGGGGGAGGAAAUAGUACUCGAAUAGAAGGCCCCGGGCAGGAGUACCGUGUAUCAUAGCUGACGAUUUUCGGGUGUGAUAUAUGCAUCAAGCUGCCGAGAUGUGGACUCGUGAUGGUGAUCAGAUGCUUGUUGGGCAGGCGUGGGUUGCCGGUGUCGACGGUAAAUGUCCAAAAGCUCCAGGUUUCGGCAACGGCUUCCCUUCGGGAAAGAUAAAGAAGGCUGAGUAAUCUGGACAUUGUUCCGCCCUCGCAUACUCGUACUCCUACACUUGAGUUCAGCCGCGUCCGUAAAGUUCUCAUACCAUUCCUUGUGCCUCGAGAACCGCACUUAUCAAUAGGGGAACGGCGAGAUAACAAUCUUCCUCCGUGUCCCUGGGGAUUAUUACACCGUGGACUCUUAUCUCAGUUUUUUUCCGUCUUUUCUGCUGGGCGAUGAAAAAUAUAGGGUUAGCGAAGCCCUUCCAAAGUCUGGGGGUAUGAUAGCUGGGAGGGAAUGAGAAUUUUAUGGAUGCGGCUGUACUUGACUUUACCGGUACCGUACCCGGUAAACCUCCGUGCGGCGAAUGUCUCUCGCCGAGCUCUUGACCCGUCACCCACCUACUCGCAGACAUCUCGGUUUUUUUCUCCCCCGACCGCUCAUUUGAGCAGAGAGGUCCCCAACUUGUCCCUGCAUCUAUAUAACCCCCCUCCCCCCCCCUUUCUUCCCCAACCUCUUGUCAAUUUCCGGGUUAGCAUUGGACCGUACAUAUUCGAACUUGCAACGAGAUAAGGAAGCUAUGACUUUUCACUUGACAACACCAAGCCCGUGCAACUCGACACCCAGCAGCUCGACCACCAACAGCACGCCCGCACACGGAAGUCCCCAACACGGUUCACCAACUCAGUCAAGCUUUCCCACUUACGAUGGCCCUGGAGAAGAUGGCAAUUUGGUUGCGGAGAGCAGGGUUUUAAUAGUCAUGACAGGUAUCAUACUCUCGUCCCAACCGCGUUCAUUUUUUCUCCGCCCUGCGGACGACACUUUUUGCUAACUCCUCAUCCUGCCCAUUAACAGGGGGGACAAUAUGCAUGCGUAUGGGAAAGGACGGUUACGUUCCUGUAAGUCUCCUGUUUCCCUUUUUCUUUUUCUUGCCGCCCAGCGGAAAGUACUUUGGGGGAUGGUGUUGCGUCAUGGCAACCUGAGUUUGGAAUUCGCGAAUGAGCUGCUCCAGAACAAUUGCUGCUGUUCCAUGGGCCCUGUGGAGAGGCACAUGUCACUUGACAAGGCUGUGAGCUGGGCAUGUGAAGCUUAGAACUCCUGAUGGCUACACAAGGCUAAUACCCGGCUGUAUAGGCCACUGGUUUUCUGGAUACCUACCUCAGGCCCAGACCGUCUUUCAAUGAUGGUUCGCCCGCUAAAUAUCUUCCUGUCAUGACUAAUGACGAGACGGAAGUGAUGCUCGAAUCUUUGCGUGAGUUUCACAAUUUAACCUGCUACUGUGUGGGCUAUUGUGGAAGAGCUCGGGCCUAACGUGAAUGCAUCACAGGUACCCCCCCAUCCAAACAUGCCCGCCGUAUUCGAUACGCAAUUCUUGAAUUCAAUCCCCUCCUCGAUAGUUCGAGCAUCAACGCCAAGGGCUGGGGCGAGAUUGCAAAAUCGAUAAAACGUAAGUCGCAGCCAUUCCAAAUUUCUCGAGAAUAUCCUAAUAGGUUCCAGGAAAUUAUAAGCUUUUUGAUGCGUUUGUGAUAUUGCAUGGUACCGAUAGCUUGGCUUACACAAGCUCCGCCCUGAGUUUUAUGAUCAGUAAUUUGGGAAAAUCAAUUAUCCUAACGUGAGCCCCGUUUCCCCACUUCUUAACUCAACUACUCACCCUUGGCUGUGCUUUAAAGAGGAUCCCAAGCACCAAUGGCCGAACUCCAUAACGAUGCUACAGACAAUCUUCUCGGAAGUCUCAUUAUUGCUGGCCAUUACAUGGUACCCGAGGUUUGCCUUUUCUUUAAUCAUAGGCUAUUCCGCGGAAAUCGGUAUUUCAUAUUAUCCCUUAUCCUACUUCUUUCUUCUCUGUUCUAACCUUUUUUAGAGCCACGAAAAGUAAUGCUCACGAUUUCCGUGCAUUUUCAUCUCCGAAUUUCAACUCCCUCGGAAAGGUUGGAAUAUCCACAAAUAUAAACUGGAAUUUGGUCAACCGUCCCUCUACCCUUGCACCGUUUUCCGUACAGACAAGUCUAUCCACAGCCCAUGUCGCUUGUUUGCGAAUCUUCCCUGGUAUUCUUCCCGAGAUGAUUGAAGGCAUCUUGGCGUUAGAAAACCUGAAGGGAUUAGUCCUCGAAACCUUCGGAGCGGGCAAUAUGCCUGAAGACGAGCGGCUGAUGGCUGUGUUGAAGAAGGGGGUUGAUAAUGGAAUUGUCAUUGUCAAUGUGACCCAAUGUGAGCAAUCAAUUUGGAGGUUCAUAGCGGCAUGCAUUAUGCGACUGACCGAUUCUUAGGCAUAACCGGAAGUGUCAGUCCCCUUUAUGCUUCUGGCACUGCAUUAGCCAGAGCCGGCAUUGUUUUUGGGCUAGACAUGACCACCGAAGGUAUCCCGCUUCUUUCUAUUCUUUUCUUUUUUUUAUCCCGUUUCUUCACCUCCGCCACGGAACUCUUGGCCUGGAUUUGUUCCGUCCACCGGUUCCGGAGAUUGCUCCUCGUCGUUUGACUAGAGAUUAGUUCAUCCGUCUCGUUAUUGCUUUUUCCCUCGCUUCCUGACACCUCCUGGCGUGCUUAUUUAAACGUCGUUUCUUACUCCACCGGAAAGCAUUAUGGGGACCAUCGAGUUAACAUGUGAAAUAUUUAAAUUCUAGCUGCGCUCACGAAGCUUUCUUGCCUUUUGGCGAAACCCGAACUCACUGUGACUGAUAUUCGUCGACAGAUGUCCUUAUCCUUACGAGGCGAGCUAACGGAACAAGCUGCUACUAUCUUUUCACACCCGAACUCGUUGCUACCACCGAAGCUCUCACGGUUGACCGCUUUGGCCUAUGCCAUAAAGAAAGGGGACCAAAAGAGCAUUUCAUCCGUAUUGAAGGAAUCAAACGAGUUUUUGCUGAAUGAGUUUGAUUACUCCGGGAACACACCGCUAGUUAGUACUCUAUUCCUUUGUUACGCCGACUUCCCACCCCCCCAUUUUAUAAAGCCAUCACGGCGUCGAAGGCCGUCUCUCGGCACUGUAAUAUCUACGUGUUUUCCUCUUUGGUUUUUACGACGAUCUUUUUCACGAUCAAUGUCGUCACUUGCGCCCCUAGCCGAUUACCACAUGACUCUAGUUUUACUAUCGUCCAGCCUCCCGCCUGGGAUGGAUAUCGUUACCGUUAUUUGCUUACCCUCGUUUUCCUUUUUUUUUUCCCUCUCUUUCUAACGAUCAGCGUUCAAUUAGCAUUUGGCCGCCACGUGCCGUAGUAUCGACAUACUCCGUGACUUUCUCUCACAAGGAGCUUCGGUUCACUUGCGUAACGGAGAUGGCAGAACACCCCUAUUUCUGGCAGCCGAUGCAGGUAUUGAAGCCAACGUUUCUUUACUAAGGGAGAGUGGGGCGCAUCUACACACUGAAGAGGUGGGAUACGCUAAACUAAAGCUGAAAACCCUCAAAUGGGAUAAAGCCAGUGGACCUGACCGGUUUACCAAAACUACCAAACAAAGAUGUUGGGAGCUUGCAGGUCCCUCAUGAGGUAUAGCGUUGCUCUCCCAGGGGCCGAUAGCCUUGUUCCUUGAAUUUUUUCGUGUUUUUUCCCAGACAAAUCCUUAUCACUCGGCAUCGAUAUCUCCAUUCCCCGCCCUCCCUCAUUGUUACUUUCUCCACUCUUCCUCCCGCAAUCCUUGCGUACAGCGAACUUAGUGGUCGGAAAUGUCGACUGCACAGGUGUGCCAAUCUCCAAACAGUUGAUCUGACGGAUAAACCAGGUGUUAUACCCGGAACCAUGCACCUUACCCCGCUGUCGAUGACAAAGGCGGCCGGUCAGAGGGCACCAUCAAGGUGCGUAUACCGAGCAAACUGAUGGCACUUUUUCCAUUUCCUUGCUUUGUUUCCUCUUUCCUUUUUCCGAAAAAAUAUAGAUAGAUAGAAUUUUCAUAAUCUAGGGUUUUUAGAGGAAAAUAAAGUUAUGAUCUUAUUUGAAAAAGCCGACGGGUGGGGGAGUGAAGAGAGGGUUGGUACAAAUUGGCCGCAUGAUUUGAAAAUCUUCUGGGAAUCGUGAUCGAAGCCGAAGGGAGAAGAUCAAGGAUUUCGAAAUUUGAUAGCCGUAGUAUAGUGAUGACUGCAAGAGAUUAUUGGAAUGGUUAAUGGGUGGAUGUUUGUUUGACGGUUUUGGGUGGAUCGUCGGGGGAACAAGUUUUUCGACAUGACGAUUCACGAUUCCUCCGUAACCCACGGGAUCCCACUCCUUUUGUUUAUUCACAGCACAUGGGGUAGUUCUCUGGAGGGGCCAGGUCCCACGUAUCAUAUUUUUAAAAAGGUGUUACCCAUGGCAAUAUAAUGAAGGUAAGCUACGAGUACAAGCCUAUUUAUUGGCACUGACGUUAAUACAGAUUCGGACCGUGCAACCCCGACCUUACACUUUUUUGCCCUCUCUUUACGAGUGUAUAACCAAUAUUGUGGUUUUCUCCGCGGAGGGCGGGGAUACAAGCAACAUACGGUCUGCCCAUCUCCGCGAUGAGAGAAGGAUUGGAAGUAGAGUGAGCAGAGCCGGGUGCUUAAUGGGUGGCUACUUUAUGUACAUUGCCUGAUUGAUGCUCGGUUGGGGUUCCAAUGUGCACGGUCCCUGUGGGGUUGAUUUUGAAUUUUUUUUCUCUCGAGGGUUUUGACGAAUGACUUGAAGCACUACGGUAAAGCAGGUGCUAUUGUGGUAUGAUAUUGGCGAUUUCUAAGUACAGUGCCGGUAUACAGAGCUGAGAUAACAAAAGUCUGCCACGGAUCCGAAGACACUUCCUUCGCAUUAAUAUGAGAGAACCGUAUCAGUUUUGGGCGCCUUACUGUACAAUACUCUUACAUUGUGGUGCAGCGAGAGGGCUGGCUUCGUUUUUUUUUUUCGUUUUUUUCGAAUUUCCUUUUUCCUUUUUCCUUCUUUCUUUCCUUUUGGUCGGUAGAGUCUUCCGAGCUUCUGUAACAUCUUCAAUUGUACCGGCAUGCGGGC